AUGGCUGGUCGACUGACUCAAAAAGGUGUUCUCUCACUACUGCUCUUUCUAAUGCCAGCAGUGACACCAACAUGGUAUGCAGGCUCAGGCUACAAUCCAGAUGAAAGCUACAAUGAAGUAUAUGCAGAAGAGGUCCAAGAUGCCUAUGCUCUGGACUACCGAGUUCCCCGAUGGUGUUAUACAUUGAAUAUCAAGGAUGGAGAAGCCACAUGUUACUCACCAAUGGGCGGAAAUUAUCACAGCAGCUUAGGCACACGUUGUGAGCUCUCCUGUGACCGGGGCUUUCGACUGAUUGGACGGAGGUCGGUGCAAUGCUUGCCAAGCCGGCGUUGGUCUGGAACUGCCUACUGCAGGCAGAUGAGGUGCCAUCCACUGCCAUUCAUCAUUAGUGGCUCCUACACCUGCACAAAUGGGGUGCUGCUUGAUUCCCGCUGUGACUAUAGCUGUUCCAGUGGCUACCACCUAGAAGGCGAUCACAGCCGCAUCUGCAUGGAAGAUGGGCAAUGGAGUGGAGGCGAGCCAGUAUGUGUAGACAUAGAUCCACCCAAGAUUCGUUGUCCUCACUCACGUGAGAAGAUGGCAGAACCUGAGAAAUUAACUGCUCGAGUAUACUGGGACCCACCCUUAGUGAAAGAUUCUGCGGAUGGUACCAUCACCAGGGUGACACUUCGGGGUCCAGAGCCUGGCUCUCAUUUCCCUGAAGGAGAGCAUGUGAUUCGUUAUACUGCCUAUGACAGAGCCUAUAACCGGGCCAGCUGCAAGUUCAUUGUAAAAGUACAAGUGAGACGCUGUCCCAUUCUGAAACCACCACAGCAUGGCCACCUCACCUGCACCUCAGCGGGGAACAACUAUGGGGCCAUCUGUGAAUACCACUGUGAUGGUGGUUAUGAACGCCAGGGCACCCCAUCCCGAGUCUGCAAAUCAAGUCGACAGUGGUCAGGAUCACCACCUAUCUGUACACCUGUGAAAAUUAAUGUCAAUGUCAACUCAGCUGCUGGCCUCCUGGACCAGUUCUAUGAGAAACAGCGACUCCUCAUAGUCUCAGCUCCUGAUCCCUCCAAUCGAUAUUACAAAAUGCAAAUCUCUAUGCUGCAGCAAUCCACCUGUGGACUGGACCUGCGGCAUGUGAACAUUAUUGAGCUGGUGGGGCAGCAACCUCAGGUGGUGGGGCGAAUCCGGGAGCAACAACUAUCAGCUGGCAUCAUUGAGGAGCUCAGGCAAUUCCAGCGCCUCACUCCUUCCUACUUCAACAUGGUGCUAAUUGACAAGCAGGGUAUUGACCGCGAACGGUACGUGGAACCUGUCACCCCUGAGGAAAUCUUCACAUUCAUCGAUGACUACCUGCUGAGCAACCAGGAGCAGGCACUGCGUCUGGAGCAAAGGGAUGUGUGCGAGUGACCUUGAGCCAGGGUGUGGCUGAGGCAAUUAUCCUAGGUAGCUUAAACUGAGGAGGAAAUGUCCCACACUAUUGGGAGCAGGAUUCAGGUGGGGGUGAGUGAGAUUUACCAAAUCUAGGACAGUUCCAGGCAUCAUUUUAGGGCAGAAUAUUUGCUUCCCUAUGCAAGUCUCCACUUCAGGUAGCACUGGAGGAGCAUGUGAAAGUAGGUAGGGACUGAGGACAAACCCUGGGCAAUGGGUUGGGGGUAGAAGGUCUUCUUCAUCUGACUGGAGCCUCUCCCUAACUUUCCAAAGUCUUUCAGAUAGUAAAUCCUAAAUUCACUCCUUUACUGUGUCAGAAAUGCUUCCUUUACCCUAUAGUGACAGCA